ACAGAGAUUUUGUCAAGUCCUUUCCUAAGUAACAUAACCUGCAAGAAUAACACGUGUCAAGUAGUGCUCUGUGCUCCAAUUUUCAUAAUUACCACAACAUACCGAAUAUGACGGACGUCAUAAAAAAACGUAAGAGAGUCUCGAAGAAAACGAAGAAAUCCUGGCGUAAACACGUGGAUACCAAGGAUAUCGAUGCUUUUUUGGAAGACUCAAGACUGGAGGAACGUCUGGGUACACCUUUCAUAAAACGAACGGAUUCAGAACUCUUUUCCUUCGACUCCACCCCCGAUGAUGACUUGAAAAACGUCACCAGUACAAAAGCGGCAUACAGAGAGGCUUUAAGAAAUGCAGAACCCAAAUGUUAUGCAGCACUGAAACCGCAUACAGCAGUGCCAGAUCCGAUUUCAAAGCGCAAUCGUGUUAAAACCCCGGAAGAACGAAAGAAUCCUAUCACAAGGAAGUUUGAACAAUUGAGAAAGGACCAGGGGAAGUUGACAUUAACUGAAAGACUUGCUGCGAGAAACCGUAAACUCGCCACAUUAAAACGUAAAAAUCGGCCCAAAAGGGAUGACUUCAAAGGGGACAUUUGGGAGGAUGAGCCUAAGAAGAGAGUCCUUGAUGAAAUUGACACGCAGUGGUUGACAAAUGAUACUGUUCGUCAUACGCUGAUCGUCAAGGGCAUCAGUAAACGGCGAAUUCCAUUGGCUGUCCAUAAAAAACAAUCUCAAAUACCCACCAUCGAGGUUCCACAUCCAGGAACAUCAUACAACCCUUCUUAUGAAGAUCACCAGACUCUGCUCCGAGAGAUCGCUGAUAAAGAACUGAAAUUGAUGAAAGAAGAGGCACAUCUUGAGAGAGUUACUACUAAAAUGUUCAAGAAGGUUUCGCCGAAGGAAAGGGAUGACAAUUGGCUAAAGGAUGCAUCCGAGGGUCUGCCAUUACCUCAGAAUGUUGAAAUCAAGUCUGAACCUGAGGACGAUGAAGAUGUGGACGUCAAACCUGUUAAAUUAAUGGUGAAGAAAACCAUGAAGACAAGAGUCCAAAGGAGAAAGCAGAAGGAACAGAGGAAACUGGCACUGGAGUUGAAAGCGAAGAUGGUGGAGAAGAAAAAGAUUGGGGAUAUAUAUAAACUCAAGAUGAUACAGAAGAAUAUAGAGGGGAAGGAGAAGAAAAAUGAGGUUUUAAGGGGAAUGAGGAUGAAAAUGGAGGAAAGAAAGGCAAAGGAGCCUAAGGUCCUGAGUAAGACCAAGUUUGAACCUGCUGAAGAGGUCUUCAAGCUGGGACCCGAACUUACUGGAAACUUGAGGGGUUCAGAACCUAUUGGUAAUUUACUGAAGGACAGGUUCAAGUCGAUGCAGCAGAGGAAUAUCUUGGCACCCGCUAAAUUGAUUCUGAAACGUAACAAGCCGAAAGUUAAGAAGUUUAUCAAGCCCGAUCACAAAAUUACAUUACCUAGUAAAUCAAAGUAAAUUUUGUGUUUUUAUGC